UAUUUUAUAAAAACCAAAGUUCUAUUUCUCUAAACUCUGUGGGCAGUUUCAAAAGUUUAGUUGUGGAAAAAAUACGUUAUUUUUUCUUUGUCUGAAAGAGAAGACAGCCUGGACUUCAAAACCAAAUAGGUGAAGUGGUUUGCAACAGUUACCUGACUCUUGGCCUCAAUCCAGUUGGAUAAAGUUGAGACCUGAAAAGGGAUCUUGAACCCUGUGGCAGUGGAAAGACCAAGAAUGCCAGUCAAGAAGAAAGAUACUGACCGAGCUUUAUCGUUGCUGGAAGAAUACUGCAAAAAAUUAAGGAAGCCUGAGGAGCAGCAGCUGAAAAACGCUGUUAAAAAGGUGAUGGGCAUCUUUAGGAGCAGCUUAUUUCAAGCUCUGCUAGAUAUUCAGGAAUUUUAUGAGGUGACAUUGCUGAAUUCUCAAAAAAGUUAUGAGCAGAAGAUAGAAGAAGCCAAUCAAGUUGCACAGAAAUGGGAGAAGACAUCCCUUCUUGCUCCGUGCCAUGAUAACCUCCAAAAGUCUGCAGAGCUUACAGGUUGCAGUGGACCAAAGGAAAAUGCUUCAUAUAUUGAACAAAAUGAAGACAAUUGGUUUUUUGGAAAUGAAACUGACAAGAAGACAAGUCAAAACCAAGGCAAAUGCCCAGCCCAGAAUUGCUCAGUGGAAGCACCUGCUUGGAUGCCUGUCCACCACUGUACUAAGUAUCGAUACCAAGAUGAGGACGCUCCGCAUGAUCAUUCCUUACCUCGACUGACCCACGAAGUGAGAGGCCCCGAGCUCGUGCACGUGUCAGAAAAGAACCUGUCGCAGAUUGAAAAUGUCCAUGGAUACGUCUUGCAGUCCCACAUCUCUCCUCUGAAGGCCAGUCCUGCUCCUAUAAUUGUGAACACUGAUACACUGGACACGAUUCCCUAUGUCAAUGGGACAGAAAUUGAAUAUGAGUUUGAAGAAAUUACCUUGGAGAGGGGGAAUUCUGGCCUGGGAUUCAGUAUUGCCGGAGGGACAGAUAAUCCCCAUAUUGGAGAUGACCCUGGCAUAUUUAUUACGAAGAUUAUACCUGGAGGUGCUGCAGCAGAGGAUGGCAGACUCAGGGUCAAUGACUGUAUCUUGCGGGUGAAUGAGGUAGAUGUGUCAGAGGUUUCCCACAGUAAAGCGGUGGAGGCCCUCAAAGAGGCAGGGUCUAUUGUUCGGCUGUACGUGCGCAGGAGGCGACCCAUUCUGGAGACUGUUGUGGAAAUCAAACUGUUCAAAGGACCUAAAGGUUUAGGCUUCAGUAUUGCAGGAGGUGUGGGGAACCAGCACAUUCCUGGAGACAACAGCAUUUAUGUAACUAAAAUCAUAGAUGGAGGAGCCGCACAAAAGGAUGGGAGGUUGCAAGUAGGAGACAGACUACUCAUGGUAAACAACUACAGUUUAGAAGAAGUAACACAUGAAGAGGCAGUAGCAAUAUUGAAGAACACGUCAGAUGUAGUUUAUCUAAAAGUUGGCAAGCCCACCACCAUUUAUAUGACUGAUCCUUAUGGCCCACCUGAUAUUACUCACUCUUACUCUCCACCGAUGGAAAACCAUCUACUUUCUGGCAACAAUGGCACUUUAGAAUAUAAAACCUCCCUGCCACCCAUCUCUCCGGGAAGGUACUCACCAAUUCCAAAGCACAUGCUUGUUGAGGACGAUUACACCAGGCCUCCGGAACCCGUUUACAGCACUGUGAACAAACUGUGUGAUAAGCCUCCUUCUCCCAGGCACUAUUCCCCUGUUGAGUGUGACAAAAGCUUCCUUCUAUCAUCUCCCUACCCCCACUACCACCUAGGCCUGCUCCCUGACUCUGAGAUGACCAGUCAUUCCCAACACAGCACUGCAACCCGCCAACCUUCAGUGACUCUCCAACGGGCCAUCUCACUGGAAGGGGAGCCCCGCAAGGUGGUGCUGCACAAAGGUUCCACCGGCCUGGGCUUCAACAUUGUGGGCGGGGAAGACGGAGAAGGUAUUUUUGUAUCCUUCAUUCUGGCCGGUGGACCAGCAGACCUGAGUGGAGAGCUCCAGAGAGGAGACCAGAUCCUAUCUGUGAAUGGCAUUGACCUCCGUGGAGCAUCCCACGAACAGGCUGCUGCUGCACUGAAGGGGGCUGGACAGACAGUGACGAUCAUAGCACAAUACCAACCUGAAGAUUACGCCCGAUUUGAGGCCAAAAUCCAUGACCUACGAGAGCAGAUGAUGAACCACAGCAUGAGCUCCGGGUCCGGGUCCCUGCGAACCAAUCAGAAACGCUCCCUCUAUGUCAGAGCCAUGUUUGACUAUGACAAGAGCAAGGACAGUGGGCUGCCAAGUCAAGGUCUUAGUUUUAAAUACGGAGACAUUCUCCACGUGAUCAACGCCUCUGAUGAUGAGUGGUGGCAAGCCCGAAGAGUCACCCUGGAUGGAGACAGCGAGGAGAUGGGGGUCAUCCCCAGCAAGCGGAGGGUGGAAAGAAAGGAACGUGCCCGAUUGAAGACAGUGAAGUUUAAUGCAAAACCUGGAGUGAUUGAUUCAAAAGGGUCAUUCAAUGACAAGCGUAAAAAGAGCUUCAUCUUUUCACGAAAAUUCCCAUUCUACAAGAACAAGGAGCAGAGUGAGCAGGAAACCAGUGAUCCUGAACAACAUGCUUCCUCUAAUGCCAGCGAUAGCGAAAGUAGCUACCGAGGGCAAGAAGACUUCAUUCUUUCUUACGAGCCUGUCUCAAGGCAGGAAAUAAACUAUACUCGGCCAGUGAUUAUCCUGGGCCCCAUGAAGGAUCGGAUCAACGACGACUUGAUAUCUGAAUUCCCUGACAAAUUUGGCUCCUGUGUGCCUCAUACUACAAGGCCAAAGCGUGACUACGAGGUGGAUGGCAGAGACUAUCACUUUGUCAUUUCCAGAGAACAAAUGGAGAAGGACAUCCAAGAGCACAAGUUUAUAGAAGCCGGCCAGUACAAUGACAACUUGUAUGGAACCAGUGUGCAGUCUGUGAGAUUUGUAGCAGAAAGGGGCAAACACUGUAUACUUGACGUGUCAGGAAAUGCUAUCAAGCGGUUACAAGUUGCCCAGCUCUAUCCCAUUGCCAUCUUCAUUAAGCCCAAGUCUCUGGAACCUCUGAUGGAGAUGAACAAGCGUCUCACAGAGGAACAGGCCAAGAAAACCUAUGAUCGUGCAAUUAAGCUAGAACAAGAAUUUGGAGAGUAUUUUACAGCUAUUGUCCAAGGAGAUAGCUUAGAAGAUAUAUAUAACCAGUGCAAGCUUGUCAUUGAAGAGCAGUCUGGGCCUUUCAUCUGGAUCCCAUCAAAGGAAAAGUUAUAAAUUAGCUACUGCAUCUCUGACAACAACAGAAGAGCAUUUAGAAGAACAAAAUAUAUAUAUAACAUUACUACUUGGAGGCUUUUAUGUUUUUGUUGCAUUUAUGUUUUGCAGUCAAUGUGAAUUCUGAUGAAUGUACAACACAAACUGUGUGAAGCCAUGAAGGAAACAGAGGGGCCAAAGGGUGGGACAGAAAAGACACUGUGGUACGCAGGAAGGCUUUGGUUUGCUCAAGGGGCCAGGCGUAGGGAUGAACCUCUGAUGGGCUUGGUGCCCAAGCUGGGCAGCCUCCUCACCCAGCAGAUGUCCAGAGCUGACUUAGCUGCUGAGCUCUCUGUAUUUUUUUGCUUUAAAGAAAAGUUGCCAGCACUUGAACUUCACCAACCUUCCCAUUACCCACAUCUGUAAUUGGUCCACUUUGACUUUUUAUAUGCACAUCCUUUGAUUUCUUAAGGAGCAAACAAAAGAACGAAGGAAAAAAAAAAAGGAGUUCCUUUGGAGACGGCAUAAUAUCAGGGAAGGAUGUGCAUGUAGUUUCUUUGACUGGCACCUGCAAAGAUGAGCAUUUCAUAAAACUCACGAAUGUAUGGAGGACUGACCCUACUGGGAAGAGGGGGUUCCACCUGGGUUAGCUUCAUGAUUGUUUAUUGUCUAUUUUGCCAUUUAUAAAGUGAAAGAAGGCACUAAAGAUGAGAAUAAUUUAUACAAUAAAAAUAUAUUAAAUGUAUAGAAACAAAUUUCUAUAGGUUAAAAAAGUUUUGUGAAAUAUUUUGUAAAGACUAAUUAAUGGAAAGACUAACUGUAUGCACUACCUGCAGAUUAUCAAAUUCAAGAACUGGAAGUUGCACUCUCCCUUCUGUUGCCAGUGAUCCACUAAGACCAUCUGAGUUCCUUCUAAAUCUGACUCAGACUUCUCCCUUACUUACCUCCCAUGAUCUCCCUGUCCCAUUAGUGAUAGACUCUCAUGGAGCACAUCCAUUAAUGAGUUGUCCUCAUGGAUAUUUUUGGAAGACAUUUGGUUAAUGCAUUUUUAAGCUGAUGGCUUUCAGAGACUGACUCAUACCAACAAGCUAAAGGGAAGUUUUUGCUUUUCUCUUGAUAAACAACCUGGGCCUGCCAUGCAAAUAGCUGAAUAACUUUGUUCCUAGUUACUUACAUGCAAUUCUUAAAGGGUCAUGUAGUAUUUUGGCCUAUCAUGAGUAAUUAGGACACUUUCAUUUGUCUGUUUCACAAGUAACAGAUUUUAUAACAGCCAGAGAUGCUAGUCAUAGAUCUGUCCCAAGAUGCACUAUUUCUUUGAGGAAGAGAGAGAGAGAAGAGAAUUAUCUGGUUGGGGUUGAGGAGUGCAGACUUGUUUCUAUGUACAGGGCAAAGGGAUAGAACAAUAAGGAAACACAACUAAUGAGAGGUUGACCAAUUAAACUGCCUUUCUUGAGGGCUGCACCUGGACCAAAUUUAUUUUUUAGCAAUUAUAAUAAUGAUUUUUUUUUUUUAAAGAAAGGAACCUCCCAAAGCCUAUAUCCUACAUUAGAGCUGGUGGUGACAUUAGCUUUGCUUGUGCCCAAGGUGUUUAGAGAGAGACUUUUCUGUGAUCUCAAUAACCACUCAACUCUGGGUUCUACGCAGGCCCAGACUCAGCCCCAUCGCCUUAUUACUGGGGUACAUCCAGACCUGGCAGGAAUUCUGCCACACUGUGCAGCAAACCAGCAUGCAGGCUGGGGUGGGAAAGCAAGAGACAGAGCCAUCAGCUGUGGUGAGGCUUUUCACAGAAAGAACAUUGGAGCUUAGAAUGAGGGUCUCUUUCCAAAAAAACAGAUGGUGUUCAUCUUACACUACCACUCUCUGCCUGGCUGCAGUCACCAAAACAAACAGAAAAGCAAAAUCAUGCAUCUACCUGUAGUCUUGAGGCUGCCUUCGCUAAUGAAAGGGCUGGCAAUGUACUUACCCUCUGAUGAAAGUUAAAAUUUCUAGAAAUCCCCUUAGACUGCUCAAAAUGUCACCGAUGUGACCACAUUUGCCAUUAGCCAGUUUCAGGUUGAGGUCUCCUUUCAUCAAUAUUGCUCCCAGACCUUUCCUGCCACCAGAAUGCCAUUCCUGGUCCCAGCUCUAUCUUUAGGCCACCAUGAUUACUCCUUUGGUUUCUCAACUGAGCAUGCAACCAUUUACUUAAAGGACUGUCAUUAAUGAGUAGAUGUUUCUGUGGGUUGUGCAGUGUGCUUUUCAUUUAACUAAGUAUUGUUGUGGCUGAGUACAAUCAAACUGAACCACCAACCCUUGGUUUUGUAGUAAUAUAACUUUAUUUUCCUAGUGUAGAUGCCUUCAUACUAGAAUUGGCAUUUGCACUGAUUUUUUUAUGUAGAUUUAUAUAAAUAUAUAUACAUAUAUAUAUAUUUGCUUGAAGAAUCACCAAGCAAACUGGUGAGAGGGUCUUUUCCUAUAGAAUUCACACCUCCAUUUGUUGUGUUGUCUUGCGCCUCCCAACGUUGAGGUCUCUAUGGCUCCAGUGGAUGGGUAUAUUUUGCAGCAAACCUGACAACUGGUGUGGAGACGGCAGGAGAGUUACCCAGAUCACAUGUGGUGCCAAUGCACUUGGAGCCUGGGGCCAGACUGGUGCUAACACUGCAAACUUUGUCCGGAGCUCUCUCCAAUCUGAAGGCUUGCCGGAGGCGCAAUGUCACCUUCCCAUGCUGGGCCCUUUCGGAAAAGUGCCAGAUCGUGUCACUGGUGCUAUUUUUCAUGCUCUGGUACAAUGUGUAGCACCACGGGGGUCUCAGCUUUACCAAACUCAAAACCCCACUUGUCAGCUAAUUGCAGGGGCAUCUGUUUCUUGCUCAUCUCCCGUGGGAUGUGUCGGCCACCUCUUUGCAGGCCUUUUCUCCCAGCCCCAAGGUCUUGGGUCGGCUCCAUGUGAUUAGUGAGCCCAUCUUUACGAAGCUGCACUUGGGUGCCUGUGAGCUGUCUCAGAUCCCACUGCCAGCCCUUCAGGACUUGAAGCCAGGGAAGAGCUCUUCGCUCCUCUGGCUCUCACCUCUGGUUCUUU